AUGACACCGGUCAGCGCAGAGAAUGAUGGCUUCGAGAUUCGAUAUGACAGGAACUUCUUCUACGAAUGGCUGUGGUCUUGUUGCCAUUGCCAACAGCAUGGUCCUAUGUCAAUCGACAUCGUGAUAAGCUGCCCCGGAUGUUCUCACGAACGUUGUACCUACUGUGGUGUUGAGCAGGCAAAAUUCUCCAAGAAUAGAGAGGAGUUUCCCACUCAGGAGUUUAAGCCACUUUCCUCAGUAACACUGGAAAACAAUCCAGGCAACGCAUCCGAGGAAGCCAAUGGCCAGAUCAGCACGCUGCUAGACUGCCAGGCCACAAGCGAACCCCAAAACAGUGAAAUCGAAGAUGUUACUCUGGGCGUAUCAGAUCAUUUUGAAACUAGCUUGUCGAGUAGCGCUCCCCCAGUGUUUGCUUCAAAAAAGCGAAGGAAUAUGCAUACAGACCAAAGGCCGGAAACCACUUUCGCAUGUCCAUACCAUAAGCAUGAUCCUUCGAAGUAUACGGGCCGGGUGUAUCGUACAUGUGCAUGUCCAAACAUUCCAAUAGAUCGAUCACGUCAACUAAAAGAUCACCUGCAGAGUGUACAUGGCCCUCUCUAUUGCGAUCAUUGCUCCCUGGAUUUCGUCAGCGAAAAGGGAUCAGAGCUGUUGGACCAUUGCAAAUCAUGCGUUGGACCAGCCAUGUAUACCAGGAAAGGAAUUUCCAGCACUCAGUGGAAAGCUAUUACUGCUUCAUUUCAAGAGAAAGGUGCUCCCAAGGGUGAAUUGAAGCGGCGGCGUGAUGAAGAUAGGUGGUACGAGACUUGGAAUGUCUUGCUACCAGAUGCCACACCACCAUCCGAUCCAUAUCCGACCAGACCUAGGUCUAGGUUUGACCAAUGUGAAAUUUUGGUGGCUCUAUUUCAAAAGAUUACGCAGCACAAAGUUCGGAAUGGAAUCUUAAGCUGCAAUGAAGACAGGGACAGGGUCAAUUCCGAUACACUGAGAGAAGCGUACCACGAACUUACGAAUACUGUUCAAAUCAAAGACCAGUGUUUUUCUAUGGAAGAAAAACCAGAAUCCCAGCUAAGCUGGAUAGAAGAGAUAAACACCGCCAAGUCUACCUGGCUUUCUGCCUUGGACAGUUUUCAAACACCUGACGGCUUUCAGAAUGAUGAUUCCUAUCUGAAUGACCUAGUCUUCGAUAUGACUGAGGUACCGGACUAUCAACAACCGUUCCAAAAGAAGCAGCAGUUCUGGCCAGUCGUUCCCUUUGCCACAAGCAAUGAUACGUACUCGCUUGUUCCAAGCUCCACGUCCCCCACAGUAGAAGAGCAAGCAUCUUGGUCUCCUCAUUCAACUAUCGAUCCUAGAGUAACUUUGUUGCAAACCAAGAGCGACCCCCUCCGUUGUCCAGGCUAA